UGGAAUAUCUUGUGUAGCUGUACUUCUCUUGUAACGCUGGGUAUAUAUGGUUUGCUUUGUUGGAUUGCAAGAGACGGAAAUUAAAUGGGUGUGCAAUUUGCAAUGCGUAUUACUUUCUUACUUCUUCUGAGCUAUGGAUUAUCAGAAGCAGCAGCGCCACCUAUGGCGAAACCGGGCUGUACAUAUUUAUGUGGAAAUGUUAGUAUUCCAUACCCGUUUGGAAUAAGAGCCGAUUGUUACUUUAACGACUGGUUCAAAAUCAAUUGUAGUACUGGAAAUGACAGCUUGGUUAGAGCCUUCCUUCCCAGCAUAGACAUGGAGGUGCUGGAAAUCAAAUUUCCAGAUCCGAAUAAUGAUGAUGAUUCUUUUUCUUCUCUUGAGCUAGGAAUCGUUCGAGUCAAGAUGCCAAUUAUUAUUUCUUCGAAUUGCACAAGUACGGGUCCGAGCAAUGGUGGUGUGAAUAUGAAAGGGGGUCCUUUUUACUUCUCAUCCUAUCGGAAUAAAUUUAUUUCGGUUGAUUGCAACAAUAUGGCCGUGAUGACCGGUAUUGAUCCUAUGCUGGUUGGUUGCAAUUCGGAUUGCAAUAGUGAACCCAAGAUAGACAAGGAAGCUAACUGUUCUGGCUUCAACUGCUGCCAGACCACAGUCCCUUCUGGGAUUCAAGUAUUUAAUGUAUCUUUCAAAAGUAAAGAUGAGAAAAAUAAUGGCAGCGAAAAAUGCAAAUAUGCAUUCCUAGCAGAAAAGGAAUGGUUUGACUCAGACAUAACAAAUCUCUCUUACGAAAUGCUGCUUUUGGAACGUGUUCCCGUGGUGCUGGAUUGGACAGUGUCUAACUUUACUGACAUAAAUUUCACCAAGGCAGAUAGACGGAAAGUACGUCGGGGCUCUACAGAUUACGGGGCCGUGUAUUAUUGCGGUUAUGGAUACGAAGGAAAUCCAUAUCUUAACACGGGAUGUCGAGAUAUAAAUGAAUGCGAGAAAGACAAUAAUGGAUGUCUCAACAAGUCAGCUUGUGUGAAUAUGGAAGGCAGUUACAAUUGCGACGGGCGAAAGACUCGAACAAAGAUAGCCAUUAUAGUUAUUUGUACAAGCUUUGGGGUAUUGUUUCUACUCCUUGUUACUUGGUGGUUAUACAAAGUGAUAAAGAAAGGAAACAAAAUCCAGCUCAAACAAAAAUUCUUCAAAAGGAAUGGUGGUUUGUUAUUACAACAACAAUUAUUUUCAAAGGAAAACAAUGUUCAAAAGGCAAAAUUAUUCAAUUCAAAGGAGUUGGAAAAUGCGACAGAUCGUUUUAAUGAAAACAGAAUACUUGGUAAGGGUGGACAAGGUACAGUUUAUAAAGGAAUGUUAACUGAUGGAAGAAUUGUGGCAAUUAAAAAGUGCAACAUAGUGGAUGAGGGAAAUCUUGAACAAUUCAUUAAUGAGAUUAUCAUUCUUUCACAGAUCAAUCAUAGAAAUGUGGUUAAACUACUUGGGUGUUGUUUAGAGACAGAAGUUCCUUUGCUAGUUUAUGAAUUCAUUCCUAACGGCACACUUUUUCAGUAUCUCCACGAUGAAAAUGAAGAUUUUCCAUUACUAACAUGGGAUGCGCGCUUAAGAAUUGCCACUGAAAUUGCGGGAGCUCUAUCGUACUUACACUCAGCAGCUUCACUACCCAUUUACCAUCGAGACAUAAAAUCCGCAAACAUACUCCUUGAUGACAAAUAUAGGGCAAAAGUAGCAGACUUUGGCACUUCAAGAUCAGUAGCCAUUGACCAAACUCAUGUAACCACACUAAUAUAUGGUACUUUUGGGUACUUGGAUCCAGAAUACUUUCAAACAAACCAAUUUACAGAAAAAAGUGAUGUUUAUAGUUUUGGAGUGGUCCUUGUUGAGCUUUUAACAGGAGAAAAACCAGUUUCUUCGACAAGAUCACAAGAAGGUCAGAAUCUAUCUACAUAUUUCAUUCAUUCAUUAAAAGAGAAUCGUCUUUUUGAUAUACUUGAUACUCAAUUUAGUAAGGUUGGUAAUAAAGAUGAAAUCAUGACAAUUGCUAAUCUUGCAAAAAGAUGUUUGCACUUUAAUGGAAAGAAGCGACCUACAAUGACAGAAAUCAUGAUGGAGUUGGAAGGAGUUCAAAAAAAUUCGCGUGUUCAACCAAAUUUUGAAGAACUUGAAUAUGUUGGAAAUGAAGAAAUGGGACCUUGGAAUGACGUUUCUGUUUCAAAAAGUUCAUGUUCAGAAUCAGGCACCACUUCAACAUCAAACGUCCUACCAUUUUUAUCCAUUUAAUCACUUUGAUUAAUAAAUUAUGUACUUAUUCAUUUUUGUUUCAUGUGUAAACUAUUAUCAAAUCGUGUUACUAUUUUUAAACUCCUCCUAGUACAGUAGCAAUAAUGAUAUUAUAUCAUUGUUUGGUCU